UAAGCCCAAAAUCUAACCUAACCAUCACAGGCUUAUCACGGCUUCUCCAAACAGAGGGAAGAGAACAGCCAUGAUAUCGUGUUUGUCGACCUCUGCAACACCACCUAUAAACACUCAGCAGUUCUUAAUCCAGAAUCACAACUCAUCAUCUUCUUCUUCUCCUAUUAGUUUCAGAAAAAAACCAAAUAGAACUAAGUCCUUCGUUUGCCUUAGCAGUAUCGGAGUUCAAGAGAUUGCUGAAAUCGCUCACAAUAAAGUUUUAGUGGCAUCUACAUUAUCAGCUCUAAUUGGGGAAUUCUCAAAACCUUUUACUUCAGUUUUACUUUACAAUGAGGAGUUCAAUUUUAAGAAUUUGUUUCGGUCUGGUGGAUUUCCAUCUACACAUUCCUCUUGUGUAGUAGCUGCUGCAACUACUCUUGGUCUGGAAAGGGGAUUUUCAGAUUCUGUUUUCGGGGUUGCUGUGGUUUUUGCUGCAAUCGUUAUGUAUGAUGCCCAGGGGGUAAGAAGGGAAGUGGGGAAACAUGCAAAGGUAUUAAACCAGAGUUCAGAAAAGCAGAACUAUUCCAUCUCUUACCAGAGCAAAGAUGGUCUUAUUAUGGAAUCAAAUUCAAAAGCAUCAACAUCAUCAUCCCCCUUAGACUCAAAGUCUCCUGUUCCUUCAUUAUCCAUAGCUGAAAAUAGUUGUACGACGUCGAACCCUCCAUUACUCAGAACAGGAAAGGUGAAGAAUGGAUUCAAUUCAAUUCCAUCUAGCUUAACAAAUUAUGAUAACGAAACUUCGGAUGAACCUAAUUUCAGCAAUAACCCAAGCAAGUUAAAAGAAACAGUUGGUCACACAGAGAUUGAAGUUGCAGCUGGAGCUUUUCUAGGUUUUCUUGUUGGCUUAGCUGUAUAUACUACGUUGUAAAUGAGAUAGUUUCAGAAUACUAUAAAUGGAUCCAAAACUGCAUUAUAUGUACCAUUUUUUUGCAACACUCUUGCAUUGAUAGACUCAGAUUUGUAAUGCAUGUACUAUUUAUCUGCAAAAUUCUUGCACUGAUCAAAUGUAAUUUUUUGUAAUACCUUUUAGGUUGGCAGCAUUGAAAUAGAUGUCAUCUUAUACGGUAAGAAAUCCAGUGAAGA